GGUCCCGGCCGCGGCAGGUAGAGGUGCGCGCGGGCGCCACGGGUCGGGGUCCGGCGUCCCGGCGUCCCUGGGAAAGCAGCGGAGGUCCCGCUUUUCCGCGCGGUGCCCGGGAGCGCGAAGAUGCGGAAGGUGGCUCUGAUCACCGGCGCCAGCAGUGGCAUCGGCCUUGCCCUUUGCAAGAGGCUGCUGGCGGGAGACCGUGAACUUCACCUGUGCUUGGCGUGCAGGAACAUGAGCAAAGCGGAAGCCGUCCGUGCUGCCCUGCUGGCCUCUCACCCCAGGGCUGAGGUCACCACUGUGCAGGUAGAUGUCAGCAAGCUGCAGUCAGUGGUUCAGGCUGCAGAGGAACUUAAGCAAAGAUUUCAAAGACUAGAUUAUGUGUAUCUAAACGCUGGGAUCAUGCCUAACCCCAAGCUCAAUAUCAAAGCAUUUUUCUGCGGCCUCUUUUCAAGAAAUGUGAUCCGGAUGUUCUCUACAGCUGAAGGACUGCUGACUCAGCAUGACAGGGUCACUGCUGAUGGCCUCCAGGAGGUGUUUGAAACCAAUGUCUUCGGCCAUUUUAUUCUGAUUCGGGAACUGGAACCUCUUCUCUGUCACUCUGACAGUCCAUCUCAGCUCAUCUGGACAUCUUCUCGCAAUGCGAGUAAAUCUAAUUUCAGCCUCGAAGACAUCCAGCACGCCAAAGGCCAGGAACCGUACAGCUCUUCUAAAUAUGCCACUGACCUUCUGAACGUGGCUUUGAACAGGAACUUCAAUCAGAAAGGUCUGUAUUCCAGUGUGGUGUGCCCAGGUACAGUACUGACCAAUAUGACCUAUGGCAUUCUUCCUCCCUUUGUGUGGACACUGCUGCUGCCUGUAAUAUGGCUGAUUCGCUUUUUUGCAAAUGCUUUCACUUUGACACCAUACAAUGGAUCAGAGGCACUGGUAUGGCUUUCUCACCAGAAUCCCGAGUCUCUCAAUCCCCUGGCCAAGUAUUUGAGUUCCACCACAGGCCUAGGAAGUAAUUAUGUCACAUUCCAAAAGUUGGACAUAGAUGAAGAAAUGGCUGAAAAAUUCUACCAAAAAUUACUAGAACUGGAAAAGCGUGUUAGGACCACCAUUGUAAAAUCAGAUUGCCGGAGCUGACAGUGACCUUCUCAGGAGCAUCAAGUACCCUCUGCACAUUCUGGGGCACGUGGCUUUCCCCCCCCCCGAGCUGGAUGACGGGUGUUUAUAGUAAACUAUGUGCCGCAACGACUGCCUUUCCUCUCUCUCAGAAUUAUCUCCAAGACUGUGCAUGUGACACACACGUGAGUAAAGAAUGAGCAAAGUAAAAAUAUUAAUGCAGUAUCCCCCAGAGUGGUGUCAAUCAGAACGACUGGUUGCCCAGCAGAGUGUAUGUGUGUGUCAUUCUGCCAACAGGAGCCCAGUGACUCCAUAUGGAACAUACAUUCUGGAGUCAUUGUGACCCAGGCACAGCCCAGACCUCCUUCUGGCCCGUCCCAGCAAGACGAGAUGGGUUCUGUUACUCUCUGAGUAUCAGUUUUCUCUUUUCUUGUUUUCUUAUGAGCGAGAUUUUCCUGGGGUCUUUUAAGAUUGUCAGAAUCCAAAUAACCUUGAUGUGGAUGCUGUGUUAACUCAGGAACAACAUAUGGAUGUGUUUGGGCCCCUUGACUUCUUUCUAUUGGGAGAGUGAUCCGUAAUACCACUGUGCAGAUUCAUUCGCCGUGGACAACUUAAUUUUCAUGAUCAUAUUUCAGCAGAAUUUAAAUUUCCAGCAAAAAAUUAUUCACGAAUAUUGUCUCAAAGUCUCAAUAAAAUUUUAUAGUUGAAGACAUAGUAUAUCUGUUGGUGCAAAAAACACACCAGUAGUCGAAGGAUAUGGUAAUUUAUGAGUCAGAUGAUUAAGAAAACUUUUAUUUAUAAACAUUAAAAGACCCAUAUUCCCAGCCUCCUUUAAUAUGAAAAAAAUGGUAAAAAUCCAUAGAUUUUGUUAAAAUCACAAAUUUAACCAACAUAUCAUCUGGAAUAAAGUCAUCAAAAUUUUGAAUAAAU